GGGGGGGGAGGUUGUAGGAGAAGAGAUUAAUUUAGUGGUGGCUUGUGGCUGUGAAAAAUAGGGAUGUGCGCACUACUUUUAUCUACAGGAACGUUUGAGAUACAAGACGCGUUUUGUUGCUUGUCGUGUCUGUUUAAAUGAUACAUAAUAAAUUGUGAUAAUGAAGUGAAGUUAAAUUAGUCUACAAUAUAGGCUUAUUUCAAAAAUUGCUGAAUUCAGCCCUUGGCAAAUUGUGAGUAUGUCUCUCUCCAAGCUAGGUAAAUAUUGUCCUCGAAUAACUCGUAUUCAAACAAUAUAACAUUUCACUUCAAACAAGUAAAUUUGGCUCGCUCCAAAAUAUCCAUCUUCAUUCUAAAAUAUAGUCAUAAAAGACCUACAAUUGAUAAUUCAAAAAUUCUCUCGAUACAUCAUAUCAAAAAGAAAACCAGCAUAAUAAGGACAUCACUUUUGUUUCAAUUAAUAAAAUUAUCCAUAUAAGGUUCGUCUCUCAUGUUGAUGCUAUAAUCAGUGUUCUAACUAACUGAUAAAUACUGUAUUUGUAUACAUUAAUAAAUAAUUGUGAAUUGUGACCAUACCUUCAUUUUUAGAUCAUCUGAUAAACUUAGUAGAGUGUCAGGUACGCUACAACCUACAAUUGAAAAAUACUACCUAUGGUAGUAAAAUUAGACUUCAUAGACAAAUACCUUGCCAAAUACAGUAGACGAAAUUCAUUUCUUUGAAAUCCCUAUGACAAUAUAGGCUAAUCAUUGAAGAUUACUCCACUGCUAAUCUCUGUAUUAAUACAAUUAUUAUUAAUAUAGGCUUAUUUAAUUUUAUUGUUAGAUGAUGCCCAUAAGAUUCUGAUGAUGACUAUAAGAUUCUACCUAUGUGUCGACAUUUAAAUAAAAUUUUGGUAUAAAAAAUAAUUGAAAAUAUGAUCUCAUAGUCGCUAUUUCCAAUAUUAAUUUGAAUUCCAAAUUAUAUUUUAUCAAUAAUUUCUCUAGCAAUGGAUUGUUUAGUAUCAUUGUAGGAGCAUUCCUAUCAGCACUAGCACUGUGACAACCUCACCAAUGCAAAACAAGUUGGUUUAGGCAGCACAGCACAGCAGUUAGUUUGGGAGUUUGGCCCUCGGCUAGUUUAGAUUGUGAAUGCUAAUCAACUUGUGGUGGCGCGUUUCAGUUUGAUUAAGUUUGCCACCUCCCGGCCAAAGUUCACGUCAAGUCAAGAUUGUGUGGGAAAUCACUGCAUGAGCUGCUGUAAGAUUCUGCUGUUCACUUCCAAUCAAAUCUAUAAUUCAUAACUUGUGAACUUGGGCCAUACACGGUUUCAAAUAGUUAUCGGAAAUGUUAUCGCGAAAAGCACUCCAUGUGGUCAGCUCUUUAUGUAGGACAAGUCCAGAUGUCGCGAGGAAUUUGUCCACCCUUUCAAAACUGACCCUGAACAGGAAUUUCAGGCUACGAAACGCUAAGCUGCUUGCUUCGCUUCAAAAGCUCAAUCACUCACUAGAAAGUAGUUUCAAUGGAUCUGGAGUUCGCUACAAAUCAACAAAUAUCGUCACUUCUCCCUACGAAGAUGUUCCUAUUCCUGACGCUCUGCUGCAUGAAUUUGUUUGGGAAAACUAUGAGAAAUGGGCUGAUAAAAUCGCCAUUGAGUGUGGGUUGACAGGCCGCUCGUACACGUUUUCAAAGCUGAGAGAGCUGUGCAAGAAGUUUGCUGCGGCGCUGUUGAAGUCUGGCCUGAAGCCAGGUGAGGUGGUGGCCAUCAUUCUGCCCAAUACACCCGACUACCCCAUUGCAGCUCUGGGGGCCAUUGAGGCGGGGCUCACUGUGUCUACUGUCAAUCCGGCCUACACGCCUGAGGAGAUAGCGCACCAGUUCCGCAAUUCGAAAUCAGUCUGCGCCAUAACCUUCACCGACAAAUUGGACGAAGUGUUGAAGGCCAAAGCGAACUUGGAGUCUGACGGCGGGUCUCCGAUCAGUGUGAUCUCGAUCAACGAUUUCCUUGGCGCUGCGCAGCCACUGCCAUCUGGAGUGUGGUCGUUCAGAGAAAUGGUCGAGAACAAUUUGGACACGACUGGCAUUGAGUCGGUGUGCAGGAAGCAUAACAUCACGCAGCAGAACUUGGUUGCAUUGCCCUAUUCGUCGGGAACCACAGGGUUGCCGAAAGGCGUGUGUCUCAGCCACUUCAAUUUGGUUGUCAAUCUGCAGCAAAUGGCCGCUAAAGAGACUGAGCAUAUCCUGGAGCCUGAAGGCAAUGUUCAUCAGGACGUAUUACCAGCUAUCCUUCCUUUCUUCCAUAUUUACGGCUUCGUUAUAAUUAUGAUGUCAUCACUGAGACAUGGAGGAAAACUCGUCACCUUACCUAGAUUUGAGCCAAACUCAUUCAUCAAAGUUCUGGAAACCCAAAAAUGCACACUUCUGAUGCUUGUGCCACCGAUUGCACAGUUUAUUGCACUAAAUGAUAAGAUUAGUGUAAAUCAUCUCGAGCGUGUCAGAUUCUCGGGGAGCGGAGCAGCACCACUCAGCAGUUCUAAAAUUAUUGAUAUGUUCGUCUCAAAAAUUCCGAAAUCGGCCUAUUUUAUGCAAGCCUAUGGGCUAACAGAGACUUCGCCAGUCUGUUUGCUGCCAAGGAACAACAACAGAAAUCUGUCAACAGUUGGUUCCCCAACUUCCAUCACAAAGGCCAAAAUAAUUGAUACCAGCACUGGCAAAAUAUUGGGGCCCAACGAGCAUGGCGAAUUGUGCAUUUACGGACCUCAGGUAAUGCAGGGAUACCUGAACAACCAGAAGGCAACUGAUGAGACGAUCAUCAAUGGUUGGCUGCACACUGGAGACAUCGGCUAUUACGAUGACGAGGGUCUCUUCUACAUUGUCGAUCGACUGAAGGAACUCAUCAAAGUCAAAGGCUUCCAGGUUGCACCAGCCGAACUGGAAGAGUUGUUGCGAACCCAUCCGAAGGUGAACGACGUGGCUGUCAUCGGAGUGCCGGACGCCCGCUCGGGAGAAGUGCCACUGGCCUACGUCAUUCGCAAGGAUGACGUCACCGAAGACGAGCUCAAGGGCUACAUCAGCGACAGGGUGGCUCCCUUCAAGCAGCUGGCGGGCAUCGUCUUCACCGACUCCAUCCCCAAGAGUCCGUCCGGCAAGAUAUUGCGACGGUUCUUGAAGGACGCCUACCUCAAAGAGCACAAGAAAUGAGGGAUUACUAAGUGUUGCCAUGUGUGCCUAUCUAGUAUCGGACAGUUUUGUUGAAUGCCACCGUGAAAAUAUCGCGUCAAGGGUAAACAAUGUUGAGCCACUCAUAAAUGGAUAAGAAACUAGCGAAUAUUUAUAAAAGUUAUUCUUUAUUGUCUACAUGAAAGAUCAAAAGAAAGAGAGAUUACUAGUUGCGCUACAUAUCGUACAGUUUUGUUGAAUGUCAUCGUGAAAAUAUCGUAUCAAGAGUAAACAAUGUUCGUGCCACUCAUAAAUGGAUAAGGAACUAGCGAAUAUUAAUGAAAAUCAUUGUUUAUAAGAGCACAUGAAAUAGAAAUUACUAGCUGCGCUGCAUAUUUAUUAUUGUACCGUACAGUUUUGUUGAAUGUCAUCGUAAAAAUAUCGUAUCAAGAGUAAACAAUGUUCGUGCCACUCAUAAAUGGAUAAGGAACUAGCGAAUAUUAAUGAAAAUUAUUGUUUAUAAGAGCACAAGAAUGAGAGAUUACUAGUUGCGCUGCAUAUCCAUUAUCGUACAGUUUUGUUGAAUGUCAUCGUUGCCGAAAAAUAAUAUCGCACCAAGGAUAAACAAUGUUAUCGCCACUCAUAAAUAGAUGAAGAACUAGCAAUAAUUUAUAAAAAUUAUUGUUAUUCAAAACUGGAUUGGAACUGAAGAAUCUUUAUAAGAAUUAUUAUUAUUAGGCUAUUUAUAAAAAUAGAUUCGGAACUGACAAAUCUUCAUUGAAAUUAUUAUUACUUACUAUAAAUGAGAUGCAGAACUGAGAAAUAUAAAUUUUUUUCUUAGUUUUUGAAAUAUAAUGAUGAUAUUAUGAGGUAGUGCAAGCUGUUUGCUGUAAUGGCUGUCUGGUUUAUUGUAACAAGAUAAUUUAUGUUAUUUAAUUAAUUCGACCUAAAUAUUCUAACAUUUUGACAUUGGUUUUAAAAGUUUCUUAAGAUUUGUUUGGCGAAUUGUUCAUGAAUUGUUCUAUUGGACUUCAUGAUCAAGUUUUACAGUGUGAUGCAUCAAAAUUAGGCUAUUCUAAAUUCGUGUUACUAAAAAUAAUAUUUCAAAUUAUUGAGUUGUGUAAUUUAAUGAUUUUUCAAAUACUAAUAAUUGUAUUAAACGUUUAAUGAUUUGUGACGCUAAAAUAUUACCCUAAUAAUAAUAAUAUUCUUAUUUUAAAUUUCUGAGUCAAUUAAACUACCUAUUGAAUGA